AUGAAAGAGCCGCUACCAACAGCAAAUGCUACAGAGCUUUCUGAGUGUACAUGCCCCUCAGCAAAUUACACAGGUGGUCAAUGCUGGCCCGGUACCUACUGCCCACUGGGUACAGGUUACCCAGAACCCUGUACUGAAGGGAUGUAUUGUAGAGAAUGGGGUCUUAGCCAACCCAACGGAGACUGUAAUGCAGGUUACUACUGCGAUGGUGGAAUAGACAGACCAGAUCCACCUCAUCGUCUCUGCCCUACAGGAGCUUAUUGUGAGGAAGGAUUCAGUACCUUCAUGCCAUGCCCAGCUGGAACAUUCUCAAACACCACAGGCAAUAUCAAUGUGACCUACUGCUUGUCCUGUACCCCUGGUCAAUACUGCGCCGGAACAGGGAAUAUUGCCCCAACAGCAGACUGCGAUCCAGGGUACUACUGCCCCGGCGGUCAGGAUACAGCGACCCCGCUGGAGUACAACUGCACCGUGGGACACUUCUGCGCUGGUGGGAACCCAGCGCCAGAUCCGUGUAUCUCUGGAGAGUAUCAGGAUGAAGAGGGAGCGUCAGAAUGCAAACCCUGCCCAAGGGAAUACUACUGUGAUGCUACUGAAGCAGCUCUCUCCUUCAGCGUAUCCAGCCACGGUGUGGUCAUCCCAACGGAAUGUCCAGCCGGCUCCUACUGUCCAGUGAUGACAGAGGGCGCUCUUCAAUACCUAUGCCCUGAGGGAUACUACAGUAAUGUCACUCGUCUUGAGAAUGUUGGGCAGUGCCAGCCUUGCCCUGGUGGGACCUAUUGUGAUAGUAAAGGUCUGACCGUCUUUGCCGAUGUUUGUGACGCUGGUUUCGUCUGCGUAUCAGCCUCCAAUACCUCUAUACCCACUGAUGGGGUUACCGGUUAUGAAUGCCUACCAGGCUACUACUGCCCCAAGGGGAGUGACCAGGGGGUCAAAUGUCCAGAGGGAACAUUCAGUGAACGUUAUGGACUUGAGAAUGUGACAGAGUGUGAGUCAUGUACACCUGGGCAAUACUGUCAGACACAGGGUCUAACAUCACCCACUGGUAACUGCACCGCUGGUCAUUAUUGCACCCUCCGUGCUAUUGACCCCAACCCAUCAGGAGAGACUUAUGGUGAUAUCUGCCCAGCUGGCUACUACUGCCCUGAGAUGACUGAAGACCCAGUGGCCUGUCCGAUCGGGUCAUUCAACCCCCUGACUCAGCGGCCGGCGCUGACUGACUGUCAGCCGUGUACUGAAGGGAAAUACUGUGAUAAGCUCGGCCAGACCAACUUUACUGCCGAGUGUGAUCCAGGUUUCUACUGCAUCAAUGGAAGUUCUAGCGCGACACCCACUGAUGGUAUGACAGGAGACGAGUGCCCUGCUGGGGCGUAUUGUGAGACAGGUAGCUCCAUCUACCAGCCUUGUGAUGAUGGUACUUAUAUGAACCACACCCAAGCUGAGGCAUGUGAUACAUGCCCCGCCCGUUAUUACUGCGUCAAUAAGGUUCGUGCUGAUCCUUGUCCCUUGGGUAGCUACUGCCCAUCUGGAAGAGGGUACGACUAUGAAAUGUGUCCAAUAGGCACGUAUGGUCCUGUCAUGAUGCUAGCCACGGCUGAUGAAUGCACUCAGUGUGAUGGUGGUAAAUAUUGUGAUCAUACCGGCGCUGAUGCAGUGACAGGGAACUGUGCACCGGGAUAUUACUGUGAGAUUGGAGUAGACACUGCUUACCCAAACAACAACAAUACUGGACUUGGAGGUCCAUGUCCAGAGGGGACCUACUGCCCGGGUGCCAAUCCAGAGCCACUAGGCUGUGAAGCAGGCACUUACAACGACCUAACGACCCAAGCCCUCUGCAAGCCUUGUGAGCCUAGAUUCUACUGCCCUGCCAACUCAACCACGUAUCUCACUACACCGUGCUGGAAAGGUAAGAUAGCUCCCUCACUGCCCUGCCAACUCAACCACGUAUCUCACUACACCGUGCUGGAAAGGUUACUACUGUCCAGAGAGUACAACCCAUGCUAUUGA